AAAAAUCCGGGAAAAUUUGGAGAAAUAUAGAGAAAUAUAUAAAGAAAUAUAAAUAAUAAUAUUAAGAAUAUGUUAAGGGAUGAGAGCGAACAAAACGCGCAUAAUUGUGAAGAAUCAGUAGAACCAUAUGAGAUAUUUGAUGAUGAAUAUGAGAAUUCAGUUCAAAGCGUUGAUUCAGAUGAUAGUUUGAUUAUUUUUACAAAAGAAGCUCCAUAUACUGAUAUUUUAUCAAACAAGACGCUUAAAGAUGAGCAAUCAGUUGAAGAAAUUGGUCAAGAAAAGAGACCGCCGCAAAAAAAUAGCGUAAAAUGUCAAUCAUUGUUAGAAAAUAAGCAAAAGGAAACAUUAGGAGUACCGAGUGAUGUAUCUAUUUUAACACCAUAUUCAGUAGAAGAAAUACCAGACUCAGAAGAUAGCGAUUCGGAAAUAAUUUUAGAAAAUAAAGAAAUAGAGCCUCCAAAGGCGUAUAUAGAUAGAAAUAAUAUUUUAGUACAAAGUAAUUUGGGAUACUUUGUUAACCCGGAACAUAAAGCUGUUAUAAAAGAUCAAAUGACUACAAAAAAUGAAUUUUUAAAAUAUCCAGAUCGACCUUUACCUUGGAAAAAGCCGGAAACUCUUGGUACAUCGAGUAAUCCAAUAGAUCUUUCGGAAGAUUUGUCAGGACAGAUAUAUCAUGCUCCUCUUUCUUAUUCAAGGAAUGAAUAUCAGAACCCUAUGUUUCAAGGAUCAAAUAUUUCAUCAGCGUAUUCACAAGUACCGGACACUAAUAAGGAAAUAAUGGCACUCUUUGAUAAUAUAUACUCAAUGAAUGAAUCUAAAAUUAGAGAAGGGACACCAAAAAGAUUACUUCCUACACUUAUGGAACAUCAAAAGAUUGGCUUGAGUUGGAUGAAAGAAAGAGAAGAAGGAACUAAUAAAGGAGGAAUUCUGGCGGAUGAUAUGGGUCUUGGGAAAACAAUACAAGCGUUGGCACUAAUUGUUUCGCAAGAUGAAAAUAAAAUAGGAACUACUCUUAUAUGUACUCCAGUAUCUCUUUUGCAACAAUGGGCUCGAGAAAUCCAGACCAAAACCAAACCUCCUCUUAAAGUAUAUAUACAUCAUGGUAACUCUAAACGUAUAAUUCAACCAUCUGAACUAAAUAAAUAUGAAAUUGUUCUUACUACAUAUGGAACUGUUGCACGUGAUCACAACACUCUUAUUAAACUCCAAAAGGAAUCUGAUCAUUCCAAGUAUAUGCUUUAUAAGCCUGCAUUUACUUUAUUAGAACAUCAUUGGCACCGAAUAAUUUUAGAUGAAGCACAAGUAAUUAAAAAUAGACAUACUUUAUCAGCUCAAAGUUGUUACAAACUUCAAGCUACUUAUCGUUGGUGUUUAAGUGGAACACCAAUGCAGAAUUCUAUAGACGAACUUUAUUCAUUGAUAUGUUUUUUACGUAUUAAACCAUAUGAUGAUUGGUCUGCAUUUUCAAAUCAUUUUUCUAAACACUUCAAUAGAUAUUCUUCUUCUAAUGAUAUCAUGAAAUCUAUGAAAAGAUUACAAGUAUUGUUAAAAGCUACUCUCUUGAGGAGAACAAAAGCUUCUACUAUUAAUGGAAAACCCCUUUUAACAUUGCUCCCUAAAAGCGUAGAAUUGGUUUACAUCAUAUUUAGUGACGAAGAACAAGCAUUUUAUAAAAAACUCGAAGCAGAGUCACAAUUACAAGUAACUCAAUAUGUUAAUGAAAAUAUCCUUGGUUAUCAUUAUACAAAUCUGCUUGUCCUUUUGUUGCGUCUUCGUCAAGCAUGUGAUCAUCCAUGGUUAGUUAAAACUAAAGAUUCGAUCGAAAUAUCAGAAAACGAUUUAGAAGAUCAAGAAAAGCUUGCUCGUGAAAUAUUUUCUCAACAAGUUCAGAAUAUUCAAAGACUUAGAGAUUUCGAAUGCCAUGUUUGUUAUGAAGUUAUUCUUUCACCGAAUUUUAUUGUACCAUGUGGACAUUAUUAUUGCAGAGAUUGUAUUAUUAGAGUAAUAGAUCAAAGUCAAAAAACUUCUAUUAUGAAUGGCAAUACUUCAUUAGAUGCUCGAUGUCCGGAAUGCAGAUGUAUAUUCAAUAUGAAAAAAGUUAUUGACUUUUCAGUAUUUAAAAAAGUUUACGGUUGGAAUUAUGAACUUAAUUUUAUAAAAGAACAUAAUAAAGUUUCUGAUGAAGGUGAUACUGAUGAUGAAGAUCUUACCGUUAUAAAAGAUAAAGGCAAACAGAGGGUUGUUAUCGAUAAUAAAGUUACCGUCAACGAUUUAGAUGUAAAAUUAGCAUGGAAAAGGAUAUUUAAUCAUAAAUUUAUUAGACAAACAAGAAAUAAAUUCCAACAACAUUUGCAGAAAAAUAAUGAUCAAUUUAAAUCCUCUACAAAAAUCGAUAAAUGCAUUGAAAUAUUAGACAAAAUAAAACACAAUAAUAGUUUAGAAAAAACAAUUGUUUUUUCUCAGUUUGUAGAAUUUUUAGAUCUUCUAGAGAUUUCUCUUCUUGUAAAAGGAUACAAAAUAUUACGUUAUGAUGGACGAAUGAGUGCAAUACAUCGUGAUCAAUCAGUAUUCAUGUUUGACCAAGAUCCUACACAUACUGUCAUGUUAAUCUCCCUUAAAGCAGGAAAUUCUGGCUUAAAUCUUGCCUCCGCUUCACAAUGCAUUUUACUCGACCCAUUUUGGAAUCCCUUUCUAGAAGAACAGGCUAUCAAUCGUAUACAUAGAAUUGGACAAACAAAACCCGUCCAAAUUUAUAAAUUAGUCGUUAAAGGAACCGUAGAACAAAGAGUUUUAGAUCUUCAAAAACGUAAACGUGAUCUCAUAGAAAACGCUCUAGAAGAAAACGCUAGUAUGCAAAUAAGCAGACUCAAUAAACAAGAAUUAUCCUUUUUAUUUGGCCUCGAAAAUACUUAAUUUUAUAUUAUCCUCUUUUUUUCACUUUUUAUAUUUCAACUAUUAU